CUGUACCGUAUCUCUGUAAACGCGUCAUUUUCUACUAUUGAAGCUUAUAGAAGCUGCCUGGAACACGAAACAAUAAACAUAACAAUUCCCUUUUUAUGGCAGGAAUGGACGAUCCUCAUUCUUCAAAUGGAUCUCCAAAAGUAGGAGAAAAUAUUCAAACAUCACCUAAAUAUCCGUUCGCAGGUGAAUCAAAAGAUGCUUCGUUACGGACAAAGCGCAGUUUAUGCAGAAAUAUACUGCUUUAUGGAAGUUGUAGAUAUUCUGAAAGUGGUUGUAUGUUCCGUCAUGACAAUCCGCUAUUACCCCAAAACAGUACACCGGAGCCGUCUAUUUCUAGAAAAAAACUAAAUGCUGCUUCUGCAUCUUUUCAACCUAAGUCAACGCUUUCCGCUAAAGCUGCUAGUGCUGCUGUAUUCGUCCCUAAAACCCAAGAACCUCCUAUGUUUCUUUCUCGAGACCGAACCCCAUUAGCUAUCUCUUCUUCUAAAAAUACUAUAAAUCCAUAUGCAAACCCAGGAAUACUUGGAGCAGAUGGGAUGUUUUCGAAUGAUGCUUAUUAUACUCAACAAAACCAGUUUAAAUUAACACGUUACCAUCUUUACAAUCCUCAACCGUCUACCCUACCUACUCUUCGCCCUUACGACAGAAAUGUAAAUGAUCUAUUUAUAGAAGAUAACAUCAGAGAAGAAAUUGAGCGGAAUAGUGAAGCCUCCCGUCAGACAUUGCAUGCACUACCCUCUGUUGUUUCAGACUACACGUCUUUAUCACCUUUAAACAAAAAACUUUACCGUUAUAAGGAAGACUUGGGCUUCAAUGUAUGGACAUAUCAAGCGACAUGUACGAUUGAUAAAAACACAUACGUUUUAAGAAGGUUACAAGACUGUCCGAAUCCUGUGGAUUCUAAUACAGUUAAAUGUUUGCAGCGCAUAUUUCAUCCAAAUAUUGUCACCUUUUACAGUGGCUUUAAUUCCGAUACUUUUAAUGAUCAAUCUUUAAUACUUGUGUAUGAUUAUCAUCCACGAUGCUCUACUUUAACCGAAAUGUACUUUGACGGUAUCUCUGCAGUUGACAAAUCUCAAACUGAGCGUAUAAUGCCAAAUGAAAAAGAACUAUGGAAUUACAUGUUUCAAAUGGCUAUUGCUAUUUCUCAUUUACACAAAAAUGGUUUGGCUUGUAACCAUUUGACUCCUUCAAGAAUACUCGUAAACCGCGAAAAGAGAAUCCGAAUUAAUAGUUGUGCUGAUUAUGAGUUGGCGGUACCGGUUAAACCUCCUCUCGAAAAUCGACAACAACAAGAUUUAAAAGAUUUUGGGCGUAUUAUAGCUAAAUUGGCUACGGGAAGCUUGGACGAUGACAUGUCUAAAGCUGCUAGACAUAUCAAUCAUUCCUAUUCGCGUGAUUUUUACAAAGCAGUCUUGUUUUUUAUCUCUGAAGAACCUGUGAAAAAAGACAUUGACAGCUUUUUUAGAGAUUAUGCCGCUCAUUUUCUUCCUGUAAUGGAUGCUUCCUUCCUAGAAAACGCCGCAAUGGAAAGGCGACUUGCACAGACCAUACAGCAUAAACGGUUUUUUCAAAUACUAUAUAAGCUUAUGUAUAUCACCGAUUGCAAUGACAGACCAGCGGUAUUGCCUGGCUUUCGAGAUCGAAAAAUCUACUUGUUACAUUUACUGCGUGACUAUUUAUUUCAUCAAGUUGAUGAAGAACAAUGCCCUCUUAUUGAUCUAUGUCAAGUUUUGACUACACUAGGAAAAUUGGACGCAGGAAUCGGUCAAUCUGUAGCGUUAAUUUCAAGGGACGAACUAGACUGCGCGUCAGUUACUUACUCAGAGCUGAAAGCUUGGUUGGACGACGUUUUUGAGUUAGAAAUUAAUCUUUAGAAACGCGUAUAUGAAUGGGUUUAAAUUUUUGAGGUUAUGUUAAUAAAGUGGUAAUUUUAAAAGGUUUUGUAUAAUAGACUAAUUUGUUAACUUUGAACAUCAAAUGCGCGAUAUGAGGUGUAGCAAAUUAUUCAAUUAUCCUACACGAUGGAAGGUAACCG